CCUGAAUCGUGUCUGACCGCCUUGAAGCCCAGCCAGUCACACUCGGAACUCCUGAUUUGUUUCACUUGAAUCGUUUAUUACUUGACCUCUGAGCCGAGAAAUCGACAUCCCCAGCAAGGGCCGACGCUCGACUACUUUACACACACUCAACACUAGCAAUCCUGUGCGAACAAUGGCGGAUGAUCUUGCAGCAGACAAAACCCCAGGUUUCCAGGUGGGGAAGAAGAAAACACUGGAUGAAUAUCAGAAACUAGACCAAGAGGACGAGGCCUUGAACAGAUGGAAGGCUUCUCUUGGCCUGGCCACUGGCAAGUCAAUUUCCGACCCCAAUGACCCUCGGCUGUGCAUCAUCAAAUCUCUUGCUCUGGAAGUGGAAGGACGCCCCGACAUCACAAUCGACCUGAGCCAACCAGGCGCACUGGAGACGCUAAAGAGCAAACCAUUCACCAUCAAAGAGGGCUGCAGAUACCAAAUGAAGGCUGUUUUCGUCGUUCAGCACCAGGUCCUAUCAGGCCUCAAAUACAUCCAGGCCAUCAAACGAAAGGGUAUCCCGCUUGGCAAGGACCAGGAAAUGAUUGGCAGCUACCCUCCCAAUACCGUCGACAAACCCACAUACACCAAGAAGUUUGCUCCGGAAGAGGCUCCUUCGGGUAUGAUGGCCCGGGGUCAUUAUGACGCGGUCUCCCGUUUCGUGGAUGACGAUGAUGUUACCCAUCUCAAAUUUGAGUGGUCAUUCGACAUUGCCAAAGACUGGAAAUGAUCGCGCGGCGAAUGGCCAAAGUGGAGGCCCUUCCCACUUGGAAUAUGGGCACUUUCUAGUGGAGCGCUGUUCCUCUGUUCGACAAUAUACGCCGAGGGAAAGUCUGCCAGCAACAUAGUUCGCAGCUGCCUAGACAUAUGGCGCGAAUGGGGGAAUGUAGCGGGUAGAGAGUGCUCAAUGAUACAGACGACUCAACGACUAGAGAAAAUAUUCAAUUUGAGGCCCUUGACCAUCCUUGCCUUGGCUCUGUUGCUGUUGCUGACUUUGCUCAUUUCGAUGAACGUUAUUCUCCGGAGCGGCGUCAAAAAUAUUGAAAUAUCGAUCUCCCGCAUCGCUUACUUCGAGGACACUGGCCAGGUUCCCACAAC